AUGAGUAUUCCGGCAUCUUUUCUUUGCUCAGUGUCAGGAAAGGAACACACGAUUGUGUAUAGGCAUCAAAAUAAGGCCGAAUUUAUCACAUAUAUUAACAAAGAACUCGACGAAAUCAAAAAAACCCACAGCCAUAGAUAUUAUGCUAUCCACACAGAUCGAUCAUUAACAAAAUUCGGAUUUAAUGAUCUUUAUGUUAUUGAAAUUGCUCGUUGCUUUUCCAACAUUAAUAAUAUUAAGUACUACCAAGUUAGCACAAAUGUUUUACAAACCGAUUUUAUCGAUGACGGAUUUAUCAUAAUAGAUCCAGAUGAAGAUGUUAAAAAUGCAAUUUCAUCAUUAUUGAAUUCUUAUACAAUUCAUCCAGUUAUGUUUGACUUCCUUCAUCACUAUACUGCAUUAGUUACUCACUCUAUUAAAGUUAAUACAGGCGACGCAAGCAAAAAUUUUUCUUUUCAAAUUUUUGACCCACAAGCUGCCCAUUUAUCAUCUGGAAUGGAGCCAUACAUAUUAUCAGCAACAUUAGAAGAAGUUGUUGAGGAAAUUACUUUCAAAUUUGGAACUGAUAAAAAAGCCAUCCAAGAUCUUCCAAAAUUUGACUUUCCAAAGUUAAUUUAUCAAAAUCAAAACAAGAAUGAUGAAGAAAUCAUUGACAAAUACAUUGAACUUCUUCCGUACUACGCUUCACGCGUUGCUCUUGUUGCUCUUUCAUUAUUACAAGCCAUUUAUCUCAAAGGAUCUGUUAUCAAUUUGGGAGCAAUUCUCAUUAAAAAGAGAGAUUAUUAUUUAAACAAAAAUCUAACAGAUCGAGCAGCUGGACUUCUUUUUCAAAAGAUUAGACUUGCUGAUCAUUACCUUCAAAAUAUCGAUGAUCAUCCAUACGAAAGCUGGCUUUAUAUUCACGAUCUUUUAGUUCAAGAAAAUAUGAUUAAAUCUGUGUCUCAUGAUUUUAAGUAUUUACCAGAUCUUCAGGAGUAUCUUGAUUAUUGUGAUGAAAUUGUUCAACCACAUAAAAAGAAAACAAUGCUAGUUCCUGAUUCACAAUCGACUAUUACAACAUCAACUCCAUUUUCAAUGCAAAUGGCUCAAUAUAAAGUCUCAGGAACACUCCGCAAGUUCUUGACAAAUGCAUAUGAUAAUAUGAAAAACGAUCCAUCAAUAACGUUUGAAAGCGGAAAAGAAUUCGAACAAGUUGUCAAGGAAUUCGACAACCCUCUAUUAAUGUACUGCAUUGAAAAUAUAUCCAAAAUAACGGAUGAUGCAAAGCGCAAUGCAGAAUACUUAAAAAUUGCUGCGCUUUUAAAUAUGUAA